AAACUCGGAAUGCCAAAUUGCAGCAGAAUUUUGUCAAUUUUCAUGCCGGCUUUCAAAACUGAUUGAUUUUCUAAAUAAUGUCUACUAAAUUCCCAAUCGCAAAUCUCAAUAAAUAAGAACAAAAUGUCGUUCGCAAUACUGUGCACAUUUGUGUUGACAUUUUAUGUGGUGAUAUGGUUUUUUGAUUCAGUUUUCAAGAGUUGCAUGCACUACCCAUACUACGCUUUUCUUGAAGGAACUGGCCUUAAAGUGGGAAUUCUCAACUUUUCCUGGACUACGACAGCAUUUAACCGGUUCAUAUACAGAUGGAGCAAAAACUUAAAUCGUGUCCUACGGAAAUGGUUCACAUGUGGAUAUCUGUUCACUAUUUGGGUGUUCUUACCGUUUGCGAUAUGGACUCUCCUGACUUUCAUAUUCGAGCAUUUCUAUGAGACAAUACAACUGAACCAUGUGCCUGAAGUCAAAGCUAUGUUGCCUGGUAUUAAUAUUCCUGCUUCGGACUUUUGGGUGUAUUUCUUAGCAAUAUCAUUUAGCACCGUGUUUCAUGAGCUUGGUCAUGCCAUGGCUGCAGCACAGGAAGAUGUACAGCUAUUGUCUGUAGGUGUUUAUGUAUUCACUAUAAUCCCUGUAGCAUUCGUCCAAAUAAACACUGAGCAUUUGAAUAGCUUAGCUGUUACCAAGAGACUGAAAAUAUACUGUGCAGGAGUCUGGCACAAUAUUGCUACGGCUUUAGUGGCCCUGUUAUUAUUCUUCUCUGCUCCAAUACUAUUUAAUAUAGCAUAUGAGACUGGUGUGGGUGUGAGGGUAGUUGAUUUCACAGCUGAUUCUCCUCUUAAAAGUGCAAGAGGUCUUGAAAAGGAUGACAUAAUUACUUCAGUAAAUGGGUGUGAUAUAAAAUCCUCUAAUGAUUGGAUGUACUGCCUUCAUAUGGCGCAUGAACGUUUUGGUUUGUGUACUAGUGCAGAGUUUGUGGCACAGAAUGAUGAAAUCAUGAUGGAGACAGUCAAGGAGAAUGAUGUUGUUGAAUGUUGCAGAAAGGAUGAUCUUACCAGCUUUUGUUUUGAGUACAUGGAGCCUAAAGUAGUUGCAGAGUCAGUACUCCCUGGUCAGUAUUCAUGUUUAAAACCUAGGGAUAUGGUGAAGGAACACACUAUAAAAUGCACAGAAGCUGGUGGCUACAGUUGCCCAAGAGCCAUGCAUUGUCUCAAACCUUCUUUGAACAACCAUACAUAUUUCCUUAUCAUUGAACGGAAGGACAACAAUGCUGUCCUAUAUUUAGGUGUGCCAUAUGACUUGCAUAAAACUGUAUUCAUAGACCAAUAUUUUCCAAGACUCAAACUGUUCUCAUUCUUCUCUCCUUCACAAUUUGAAAAACUUCUUAGAUACAUAUUUAUAUUUUCAAUGGGUAUAGGGUUUCUGAAUGUAGUACCCUGUUAUGGAAUGGAUGGACAUCAUAUUACCAGGAACUUAAUACAAAUACUAGCAAAAUAUUUGAAUAAGAAUGGUGACUUUAUAACAUUCUUCACUGUGUUUACUAUUGUAGUAGGAACUGGUGUUACUGGGCCUAUAUUAGUGUACUUGUUUUACAAAGCAAUUUAUUUCGAUAAUUAGGUGAACUAUUUUAAAUGGUAGUUUGUAAAAAUGUUUUCUAAAGAAGUCUGACAUACUGUUGUGUAGAUAUUUGGCUAAGUAAAAAAGCAUUUUAAAUCAUUGAUUAAAAAUAAUACUGAAAAUAAGCAAUGUUAUCAUAUUGGUUGGUAUUUUUGACUGAUUGGUUAUAUAUGAGGACAAUGUAAAUUGACAAAUGUAUCAGAAAAUGUGCUUCCAUGUCAAAAGUGCCCAAUAUUGGUUGUAUUAGAUUUAAUAAAAUAAUUGGAGCUUUGAGCUUUUGUGUUUACACAAAUUCACUCAUCUAAUAUGAUCACUAUUGUAUAGAGCAUAGAUCAUAACACUUCUAAUCGCACAUUCCUAGUAGAUGUAGUUUGAUUUAUUAGCUUUGAAGGAAAUUGAAAAUAGAACAAUUUAAUUUUGUCACUUUCAUACAUUUUUACGUCAACCUCAAAUGUAAUAAGUAGUUUGUUCCUGAAUCAAACAAUAGUGGAAAUACUCUUGCGUACUAGUACUUUGCUGUGAAUGAUGAUGACUCAAUUAGCAUUGUAAUUUCAUAUUACUUAUACUGAUAUCUGAGUAAUGGGGCAAUAAGCAGUUUCUACUUAAUUUUACCAUAUUUAGUAGGGAAUAAUCUAUAUGAAACUAAAGUGAACCCAAUUAUAAAAACAAGACUUUACUAGCAUCCAUGAAAUGAUAUAAUUUAAAAGUGGGUUGAUCUUUCCCAAUAUUUUUUUUUGGUAAAUAUGGUAUAGUUGUGUGGUAGGUACAGCUAGAGGCAUGGGUGGGUGGUAAACACCCUCAAUAUGUCUGCCCACCCUUGUAAACAAUGGGCUUACAGGUGCCAUGCGUCAUGCAGGUCUUUCAUUGUGUGGGAGUGUUUGCUCCGGUCAGCUGUGCUACUUACAGAAAAUUUUACAGCAAUGUGUUAUGUUGAUCCAGUAUAUUGUAUGAAUUGGUUUAGUCUUUGUACAUAGUUACUAUUAAUGUUAGUAUUUAUUAACCUAGUCACUUAAGUAUAUAAGAUAUACUAACAAGUGUGAAUCAAUCUUAUCAAUAAACAUUUGUACUGUGUA